AUGCGUCUUCCAGUCAAUUUCAUUACUGUUGGGUUUGCAGCCAGCCUUUGUGCUGCAUCGCCAGGUGCAAUCCAGGAGCGGGCAUCCACCUUCUCGAACCCCAUUCUGUGGGAAGAUCUUCCCGAUAUCGAUGUCUCCCGCGUCGGAGAUGUCUUUUACUACUCGUCCUCAACGUUCGCUUACUCGCCAGGCGCCCCAGUGCUGAAGUCGUACGACCUGGUCAACUGGGAGUUCGUCUCCCACAGCGUGCCGACUCUGACAUUUGGCUCUAAGUACAAUCUCAACAAUUCCACCGACCGUGCCUACGUUAAGGGCAUUUAUGCCAGCACUCUUCGCUAUCGCCACUCCAAUGACAUGUUCUACUGGAUCGGAUGCGUCGAGGGCAGCACCUAUAUCUACACCUCGGCGGGCAGUGGAGCUGGUCGCAAUGGCGGCGAGGCCGCCUUCUGGAACUGGAAGCAAAGCGCGGUCCUAAACAAGUGCUACUAUGAUUGCGGCUUGCUGAUCGACGAUGACGAUACCAUGUAUGUGUCUUAUGGCAGCACCAACAUGUACGUAGCACAACUCUCCAAGGACGGGCUUUCCGAGGUCAGGUCGCAGCAGGUUUACACUGGGGGUAGUACCUUCAUUGAGGGCAGCCACAUCUACAAGAUUAAUGGAUACUACUGGAUUGUCCCGACCAAGGUCCCCGUUGGCGAAUGGGUUUUGCGCUCAAAAAGCCCCUGGGGUCCCUACGAACAGCGGGUGCUCUUUGACAGCGUCAAGGGGCCCCUUUCUAACGCGGGAUAUGCCCACCAGGGGGGCAUGGUCCAAACUGCAAGCGGCGAUUGGUGGUAUAUGGCUUUCAUGGACUCGUAUCCCGGCGGACGGAUCCCGGUUCUGGCACCACUGACCUGGUCGACGGAUGGAUGGCCGCAGCUAGUCACGGACAGUAAUGGUAACUGGGGCAGCUCGUAUUCAAUGCCGGUACAGACAAGGAAGAGGGUUCAGGCGCCGACGGGGACGGACCACUUCAUGGGCCAAGCACUUAGUGACCAGUGGGAGUGGAAUCAUAACCCCGACAAGAGCAAGUGGAAUAUGGCUGGCGGGUCGGGUGGUGUCAUACUGAGGGCGGCAACGGUGACAGACGACCUUUUCACGGCGCGCAACACGCUCACCCACCGUAUCAUUGGGCCAAAUUCCGUCGCCACGUUCGCUUUCGACAUCGGCAAGAUGCAGGAUGGUGACCGUGCAGGUGCAGCCCUCUUCCGCGAUACAUCAGCUUACAUUGGUAUCCACAAGUCCGGGUCAACGGCGCAGCUUGUUAUGGUUAACGGCCUUGCUCUCGACGCCAGCUGGCUGACAAUCAAUAAAGGGUCUGUGGCGGCUACCGGCCCAACCGUGACCUCGUCGAACUUGUGGCUGCGCGUUGUGGCCGACAUCACACCCGCAUUGUACGAGAAUUCCGUCCGGCAGGCAACCUUUAGUUAUAGCACGGACGGUGCAUCAUUUACCCAGCUCGGGCCGGCGUACCUGUUGAAUAACACAGUGGAUUACUUCACGGGAUAUCGGUAUGCAGCUUUCAAUUUCGCUACCAAGAGUCUUGGAGGCCAGGUCACGCUGAAAAGUUUCUCGAUGGACUUCCCUGGUAACGCCACGUCUCCUUCAUUCUAA